AUUUAUUUAUUUUGUACUUUGCUUUAAUUAUUUUGUACUUUGCUUUCAGAGUUAUUGAGUGGCAUCUGUAUUCACAAAAUUAAGAGAAGUUGUAUUCUUCUUGUGUAUCAGAAUCAAGUAAUUUUGAGUAUGGAUUAUUAUCCUAAGGCUUAGAACUUUUGGUAAAGGUUAUUCAGUUAAAAUUUAUUUUAUUUCAAUCUGAAGGUAUAUUCUAAACAUAUUCUUUGGGAUUGUAUCUAAUCAAUGUAAUUUAUCAUCAUUCAAGUGAGUUUAAGAAAUCAGGAUUUUGUUGUUGAUUUAAUUAGUUAUGGGAUUUUUACUAAAAUGCAAGAAACAAAAACAAGUAUUAAUGGAAUGAAUAAUUGAAUUACUUUAUUCACAUCAUUAAAUUCUGUUUUAAAAUAUAAUUAUACAUUUUCUUUCCCCUAAGGAUAUAUUUUUUCCACUUACAAUGUUCUGUUUUAUUGUAGAAGUAUGACAAUAAUCACCCCACAUCCCACCAUAACCUAUUCCUCCAAAUUCUUUAAAGAGGAUGUGUUUCAAGUAAAAUUUAGUCAUAAAUUGUUGCAACAAUAUUUUACAACAUUUCACUACAGUUUUUAUGUGUGAUAAAUAUUGAAUCAGAAAUAGAGUCAGUGGUUUUUUUCAAUGGUUUUUGCCUCACUUAUUGUUUGUUCACCCAAUGAGCAGGUGAAAUGACUAUGAAAGAGAUAAGUGUUUAUCAGCAAACCCGAGCGCUUUUGCACAAGAAUCUGCUCAAGAAAUGGAGAAUGAAAAGAGAGAGCUUUUUGGAAUGGAGCAUCCCAAUUAUUGUAGGACUGUAUAUGGGUCUAUUUUCAUAUUUCAAAGAAAACAUGCAGUUCCCCGAAAUCCCGCCUAAGGAUCUUGGAAGUGUAGAUGAAUUUAAUGGAUCUUCUAUAAUGGUUGUAUAUACACCAAUCUCUAACAUAACCCAACUGAUAAUGAAUAAAACUACUUUAGCUCCUUCUAUGAAAGGAACAACAAUCAUUGGGGUACCGAGUAAAAAAGACCUGGAUGAAGUGCUUCUGAAUAGUAUUCCCCAUGCUCUUGGAAUCAUAUUUAACGACACUUUCUCUUACAAGUUAGAAGUAUUUCUAAUGUAUGGAAAUCCAUUUUUGAAAGAAGACUUAUUAGCUCAUUGCUGGGAUAUAUAUGGUGAUAUUUCAUGUUCAUUGUCCAGAUACUGGAAAAAAGGAUUUGUGCCUUUACAAACUGCCAUCAAUGCUGCUAUUAUAGAAAUCACAACAAACCACUCUGUGAUGGAGGAGUUGAUGUCUGUUAAUGCAGUAACUAUGAAGACAUUGCCUUUUAUUACUAAAGAUAUUUUUCAAUAUGAAUUUUUUAUUUUAUUCUGCUUGCUUUAUUUCUCCUCGUUUAUGUAUUUUAUAUCACGUAAUGUUACUAAAGAGAGAAAAAAGUAUAAGGAAUUGAUGAAAAUAAUGGGUCUACAAGAUUCAGCAUUCUGGCUGUCCUGGGGCUUAAUCUAUGUUGGCUUCAUCUUCAUUAUUUCCAUAUUCAUUGCAAUUAUCAUAACAUCUGCCAAAAUUAUAGUGAUGACUGGUUUCCUUGUCAUAUUUACACUCUUUUUCUUAUAUGGAUUAUCUUUGAUAACUGUAGCUUUCCUGAUGGCUGUCUUGUUACAGAAAGCUAUCCUCACCAAUCUAGUCAUAUUUCUCUUUACCCUCUUUUGGGGGUGUGUGGGGUUCACUGUACUUCAUAAACAACUCCCCACAUCUCUGGAAUGGAUUCUGAGUAUUUGCAGCCCUUUUGCUUUCACCUCUGGGAUGGCUAAGAUUAUCUCCUUGGAUUAUAACUUGAAUGGUGUAGUGUUUCCUGACCCUUCAGGAGAAUCAUAUUUAAUACUAGUGACAUUUUCCAUAUUGGCUUUUGAUGCUCUUAUCUACUUUGUUCUGGCAUUGUAUUUUGACAAAAUCUUGCCCUAUGGGAAUGAGCACAGUUAUUCGCCACUGUUUUUCUUGAAUUCAUCAUCUUGUUUGCAACAAAAGAGUAGUAGUAACCAGGUCCUUGAGAGAGGCAUAGACCCUGAGCUUCCUUCAGAUGAUAGUUUUGAGCCUGUGGCUCCAGAGUACCAGGGAAAAGAAGCCAUCAGAAUAAGAAAUAUUAAAAAAGAAUAUAAAGGGAAGUCUGGAAAAGUGGAGGCUUUGAAAGGAUUGUUCCUUGAUAUAUACGAGAGUCAGAUAACAGCAAUCCUGGGCCGCAGUGGAGCAGGAAAAUCUUCAUUACUAAACAUCCUCAAUGGAUUAUAUGUCCCAACAUCAGGGUUAGUCACAGUCUACAAUAAAAAUCUCUCUGAAAUGCAAGACUUGAAGGAAAUCAGAAGGAUAACUGGUGUUUGUCCUCAACAUAAUGUUCAAUUUGAUGCACUCACUGUGAAGGAAAACCUCACCCUUUUUGCUAAAAUAAAAGGGAUUCUUCCACAGAAAGUCAAACAAGAGGUACAACAAAUUAUAUUGGAAUUGGACAUGCAAAAUAUUCAGGAUAACCUUGUUGAACAUUUAAGUGAAGGACAGAAAAGAAAGCUCACCUUUGGGAUUGCCACUUUAGGAGAUCCUCAAAUUUUGCUUUUAGAUGAACCUACUGUUGGACUAGAUCCCUUUUCAAGGCAACGAGUGUGGAGUUUCCUGAAGGAACGCAAGGCAAAUCGUGUGAUUCUCUUUAGUACUCAGUUCAUGGAUGAGGCAGACAUCCUUGCUGACAGAAAAGUCAUACUAUCCAACGGGAGUCUAAAAUGCACAGGUUCUUCUGUGUUUCUGAAGAGAAAAUGGGGUCUUGGAUAUCACUUAAGUUUGUUUAUAGAUGAAACAUGUGAUUUAGAGCAGAUAACAUCUUCCAUCAAUCAUCACAUCCCUGAUGCUAAAUUAAAAGCAAAAACCAAAGAAAAGCUUGUGUACAUUUUGCCGUUGGAAAGGACAAGCAAGUUUCCAGAUUUCUUCAGAGAUCUCGAUAAAUAUUCUGACCAGGGCUUGGUGAAUUACGAAGUUUCCAUGUCAACUUUGAAUGAAGCCUUCAUGAACAUGGAAGGAGAAUCAACUACCAAACAAAACUUUGAGAAAAGAGAAACAAUAAGAGACACAGAAAGCUUACAGGAAAUGGAGCCAGCCUAUCCUUCUCUUUCUGAAGUGCAAAGGACUGUGAGCCCAAUGAAACUCUGGGGAAUGCAAGUCUGUGCAAUAGCACGACUUCGCAUCCUAAAACUAAAACGAGAGAGAAAAGCAUUUUUGACCUUUCUAUUGAUUUUUGGAAUUGCACUGUUCCCAUUGAUUAUGGAAAAGAUGGCUAAUGCUGUGAUAGAGCAAAAAAACGACUGGGAAUUUAAAACAGAAUUGUAUUUCCUGUCCCCUGGACAACUCCCUGAGGGUCUGCGAACGAGUCUAUUGGUCAUCAAUAACACAGAAUCAAAUAUUGAAGAUUUUAUACAGUCACUGAAGCAUCAAAACAUAGUUUUGGAAGUAGAUGACUUUGAAAACAGAAAUGGUACUGAAAGCCUCUCAUACAAUGGAGCUAUUAUAGUUUCUGGAAGACAAAAGGAUUACAGAUUUUCAGUUGUGUGUAAUACCAAGAGGCUACACUGCUUUCCUAUCCUAAUGAAUGUCCUCAGUAAUGGGAUCCUUCACAUGCUCAAUCAUACACAGUAUAUUAGAAUUGAGGAAGCUGUAUUUUCAUCAGACCUCAUAAUGCUCUGGUUUGGGAUACUGGAAGGUUUACUGUUCUUAUUGCUUGUUGCAUGCAGCAUCUCACCACAUAUCGCCAUGAGUAGUGUCAGUGAUUACAAAAAGAAAGCUGAUUCCCAGUUGUGGAUUUCUGGCCUCUACCCUUCUGCCUACUGGUGUGGGCAGGCGGUGGUGGAUAUUAACCUCUUCAAUGUAAUUCUUCUCUCAAGCUACUUCACAUUACAUGUGACAAAACUCAUGCACAUUUACUUGACAAGUGAAGUUGUGCUAUCGAUAGUUGUUGUUUUGUUCGGUUGUGCAGCUUCUCUUGUCUUCUUGACAUAUGUGAUAUCAUUUGUUUUUGGCAAAAGGAGAAAAAACAGUGGCCUCUGGUCAAUUUGCUUCUUUACUGUCAUGGCCGUCAUGUUCAAGAUCCUUUUGACAGAAUUCUUCAGUGAGACACUGCUCAUUAUCAUGAUGGUGUUAGUUCCUUCAUUUUCAUUGAUUGCAUUCCUGAUUUUUUUGGAAAUGAGAUCCUUCCAGCACUACAGUGAAUUUGGAGAAAUCAAAUAUGGUUUAUCUGGGGUUGAUCUUCUAUUAUGCCUAAUACCUUACUUUCAUACUUUGCUGUUCAUUUUUGUUCUGAGAUGCCUGGAACUUAAAUGUGGAAAGAAUGUAAUGCGGAAGGAUCCCAUUUUCAGGAUAUCUCCACGAAGUGUAAAGGUUCAACCAAAUCUAGAAGAACAUAUAGGUGAAGAUGAAGAUGAAGAUGAAGAUGUCCAAGCAGAAAGAAUAAGGACAUCAGCUGCCUUGAGUACUUCAAAUUUAAAUGAGAGACCAGUCAUUAUCGCCAACGGUCUGUACAAAGAGUAUGCAGGUCAGAAGAAAUGUUGCUUUUCAAAGAGGACAAAGAAAGUAGCAGCAAGAAACAUCUCUUUUUGUGUUAAUAAAGGCGAAAUUCUGGGAUUGUUAGGACCCAAUGGAGCUGGUAAAACUUCUUCUGUUAGGAUGAUAGCUGGGAUCACAAAGCCAGCAGCUGGAGAGGUGGAGCUGAAAGGGUCUAGCUCAGCUGUGGGUUACCAGGGCGAUGGCACAAUCAAGUUUGGAUACUGUCCUCAGGAGAACAUGCUAUGGCCCAUCCUGACAGUGAAAGAACACCUGCAAGUGUAUGCCUCUGUAAAAGGGCUGAGGAAGAAGGAUGCUACCAUUGCCAUUUCAAGAUUAGUGAAUGCUUUUAAACUACACGACCAGCUGAAUGUCCUAGUGCAGAAACUAGCUGCAGGAGCCACUAGGAAGCUGUGUUUUGUGCUGAGCAUCCUGGGAGAUUCAUCUAUCCUAAUUCUGGAUGAACCAUCUACAGGCUUAGAUGUGUCUGAGCAGCAGCAAGUGUGGCAGGCAAUCCAGGCAGCUGUUAAAGACAAUGACAGGGGUGUCCUCUUGACUACCCAUGACUUGGCUGAGGCUGAGGCUCUGUGUGACCGAGUUGCUAUCAUGGUGUCUGGAAGGCUGAGAUGCAUUGGUUCAAUUCAACACCUGAAAAGGAAGUUUGGCAAGGAUUACAUUCUAGAACUAAAAGUCAAUGAAACUUCCCAAGUGCCGUUAGUCCACAGGGACAUUGUGAAGCUGUUUCCACAGGCUGCACGUCAGGAAAGGUAUUUCUCCUUGUUGACCUACCAGCUACCCAUAACAGAUGUUUAUCCUCUGUCUCAGGCAUUUCACAAGUUAGAAGCAGUGAAGCAUAGCUUUAACCUGGAAGAAUACAGCCUCUCUCAGUGCACACUGGACAAAGUAUUUUUAGAACUAUCGAAGGACCAGGAACUGGAAACUGUUCAUGAAGAAGCUGAUACAACUGUGAGAUGGAAGCUCCUCCCUCGCUUAGAUGAACUAUAAAGUCUCAGACCUAAUCAUUCUGUUAUCCUACAAACUUAUGUCCCAUGUAGUAAUUAACAGGAUUAACAAUUUCAGUUGUUUUCACAUCAAUGUUAGACAUAUUUUAUCUGCUUAGUCAACCACAAAACAAGAUUUAUAGUAAUUCAUGCACUAAAACUUAAAGGCUUUAAGAAUAUAUAAAAUACUGGUAAAGUACUGUAGAAGCAAAACUACAAACUCAAUUUUAAAAAAUACUAAUUUGUAACAAUUAUCAGAACAUUAACUUGCUGAAAUAGAUGAGGACUACAUUUAGUAGCCAUUAGCUGCAUGGGAACUUCACGGUGGUUAAUAAAUAUAAAAUCUAUAAAUUUUCUUUUAUAUAAAAUAUGAGCUAUUAUUUUUCCUAAAUCCUUUUCAGGAAUUAUUUCAACAGCAGUACAAGUUACAAGGCUCUAAACUCACAAAUAGAUACACAUCUUAAAAGCAGUUCAAAUACAACUUUUGAAAACAAAAGGAAUCACAGCAAUAAUUGUUUUUUUAAUAUAAAUACUAAUAUCCUGUUCUUAGCAUUUCCUUCAUCUCUUCAUCAACAGUGUUCUGUGCAUUUGACACUGCUUUAAGUCCAUUUUCUACUUGCAUCAGUUUAUGUACACAUAUGUACACUGUAUGCAGGUCUCUCAUAUGUCAGCUUUACAUAUUAUUUUAAUUUUCCCUUGAAAUACCUAUAUAAUCCUGAAUGUCACCAGAAAAUAUUUCAAGGCCAGGCUGUAAUCCUACUCUAAUUUUAUAAUAUUUUGUAUAGCUUAAAUAUAACAUUUUUCUGUUCACUAAAGAAGUUUUGAUAGUUAAGUGCUUAUGCUGUUGCCGAGAAUCUGGGUUCAGUUCCCAGCACUCACAUGGCAGCUCAUAACUGUCUGUAACUCUAGUUCAGAGGAUCUGAGGUCCACUUCUGUCAUUCUUAGGCUACUGCACACAUAUACGUGCAUAGACGUAUACUCAGGCACCCCAUAUACAGAAAAUAAUUGUUUUUUUAGAAAGAAUAUUUGUAUAAUGGAGAAAAUACAGAAAUUAAAUAAAAUUUAAUAAAAGAGCCACUACAGUUCUUUCAUAAAACUUCAA